AUGCGGGCUGCCGUGGGAAUUGCCUUGAACGGCCUCGUCGGCCUAGCCGCAGCCGGCAAUGCCAGCAGCCAAUUCGACUGGACGACCAUCGCGCCGUCAAAGCAUCUCGAGUAUCACGACUGCUUCGACGGCUUCAAGUGCGCGCGCCUGAUAGCCCCCCUGGACUACAGGAAUGCGAGUGACCCGCGAACCAUUGCCCUCGCCAUGAUCAAGCUGCCCGCCGUGGUGCCGGACGACGACGCGGCCUUUGCCGGCCCCGUCUUCACCAACCCCGGCGGGCCUGGAGGAUCAGGCGUCGAGUCCCUGCUCAGCGGCGGCAAAGGCCUGCGAGACGUGCUCGACAAGCCCGGCCGUCGCCACUACGAAAUCGUGUCGUUUGACCCUCGCGGCAUCGGCAGCAGCACGCCCCGCGCCAACUGCUUCGCGCACGACACGCUCGGCCGUGACGCCGCCCUGCUGGAGCUGCGCGGCCGCGGACCGCUCGACGGCGGUGCGCUGCCGUAUGUGCUGGCGCUGCAAAAGGCGAUUGGCCGGCGAUGCCAGGACGCGGACGAGAGCGGCGUCAACGGCGGCCAGAUCUUGGGCUACAUGGGCACGCCCAACGUUGCUCGCGACAUGGUGCACAUGGUGGACAAGAUUGCCGAGCUGCGUGCGCGUGAGGCGGAUGCCCGCGAUGCCCGCUUCGAGCUGAAGCGGAGAAGAAGCUACGAGGAUGUUGACACUGACGAUGGUGACGAUGUCCCGCGACUGCAGUAUGUUGGUUAUUCGUACGGCACGGUGCUGGGAAACUACUUUGCGUCCAUGUUUCCGGGCCGUGUUGGGCGACUUAUGCUCGACGGCGUUGUUAAUGCAAAGGAUUACUCUUCGGGACCUGGCUGGUUGACCAACCUCAGGGAUACCGAUGAACUGGCCGAUCGCUUCUUCACCGGCUGCCACUUGGCUGGGCCCGAGAAUUGUGCCCUCGCCCGCGAGAACGAUGCGGCAGUCAAAGGCCGCUUCUACGAAUGGCUCGGCAAGCUCGACGAGGAGCCCAUCUCCGCAGUCAGCCCGACGGGGGCCGUCGUCGUCAUCAGCAGCCAGGAUAUCCGCGAAAUGCUCGGCCAGGCCCUCUACACGCCGCGCGACUCGUUCAGGGGCUUUGCGAAAGCGGUUGACGACGCAAUGAAGGGCAACUCGAGCGCCAUUGUCGAGAGGCUGUUCGCGCGCCAGAUUCCGAGUCUCAAAGACGCCUGCGAAGUCGAUGGCGGCGCGGUGGCUUUCUUCCAGGAAGCUGGCGCCGGCGUGCUCUGCGCCGACGGCGACGACGUGUCGGGUCUCAAUGCGACGUGGUGGAAGCACUACAUCCGCCGCCAGGUCGGCACGUCGACCGUUUUCGGCGCCUACUGGUCCAACAUCCGCAUGGCGUGCAACGCGUGGAACUUCAACUUCCGCCCCAACUGGGUUUUCAAGGGCCCCUUCACGACGCCUCCAGCCGCGUAUUCAGCCGCGGGAAAGCCCCUCGCCGGCCAUCCCGCUGCGCCCAUCCUCUUUGUGUCCAACCGCCUCGAUCCCGUGACUCCUCUUGCUGCUGCGCGUGCCAUGGCCGCCCAGCAUCCCGGCGCUGGGCUGCUGAUCGCCGAGGCGUUUGGGCAUUGCGCGAUGGGCAAUGGUGAGAGUGCCUGCUUGCAUAAGCAUAUUGCUGAUUACUUUGAUACUGGGGUUGUGCCGGAUGGUGAGGCUGUCUGUGAAGCCGACUGUGGUCCCUGGGAUGAGGAGUGUGAUACUGUUGGAGCUCAGGUUAUACACCAGGAGAACCGCGGUUACCACAGAAAAUAUCCAUUAGGAAUAUUUUGA